AUAAGGGUUAGGUUUAGAGUUGUCCCGAUUCACGCCCCCCUUCAAUCUUCAUCGUACGUAGCCGCCGCUCAGAUCAACGCCAUGGCAGAGGCACGAAGUUGCGAUCUGAUUUCCAACUGUUUUCAGUCCGAGGAGAUUACAGAGGAAUCCCCAGAAGUGAUCAUUCCAAAUAUCCUAGACGAGUUCCUAGUAAAGAUAAAAUCAGAUAAUGAAAUACUUACACGGAAAGAAGUAGAGGUGACAUUGAAUAAUCACUUCAAGGAUUUAAAGGAAACCCUCCUAGAGAAGAUCGACAGAGGUAAUACUGGUGGAAGAGGAGGAGGAUCUUCUAAGAUUGCUCUCAAGAAGAUAGCUGCUACUGUCGUUUAUAUUAUUAUUUUUGCACUAUAUGUUAAUGCUUGUUUAUACACGCAUGACCCAGCACAGAGAUUGAUUUUACAUGGAUGGAAGAAAGAGAAGAAAAAAAAGAGGCCGGUUGCCUCCCAGGCGACUGCACCCCGCAUGCUCGUGGGGAAGGGCCUCUAGCCUGGGUGCUCGUGGGUGAGUGCCCCAGGCCAUUCGACUGCUCGCUGUCGACUCAUGCUCGCGGGCGAGUGCCCUUGACUGCCGAGUUGAGAUCCUUUGUCCCCAAAUAUUGUGUCCCUUUGUUCUUUCAUCGAUCCGACGGUUAUCUUCUGUCCCAAAA